CUCGUUUCCCGCCCUGCGCCACUUCCGGCGCGCGCCAGGAGAGCGCGAGGGCAGCGCGGAGCGAGCGGCGCCAUGGCAACGGCGACCCCAAAAGUGCCAGAAAUCCGGGACGUGACCCGAAUCGAGCGCAUCGGCGCCCACUCCCACAUCCGCGGCCUUGGCCUCGAUGACGCCCUGGAACCCCGACAGGUUUCCCAGGGCAUGGUGGGACAAUUAGCGGCUCGUCGCGCUGCCGGUGUCAUUUUGGAGAUGAUUAAAGAAGGAAAAAUCGCUGGGAGAGCUGUUCUCAUCGCAGGACAACCCGGCACCGGCAAAACCGCCAUCGCUAUGGGGAUGGCGCAGGCGUUGGGGCCCGACACUCCUUUCACCGCCAUCGCCGGGAGCGAGAUUUUCUCCUUGGAAAUGAGCCGGACCGAAGCUCUCACUCAGGCUUUCCGGCGAUCUAUCGGCGUUCGCAUCAAAGAAGAGACAGAAAUUAUCGAAGGUGAAGUGGUGGAGAUUCAAAUUGAUCGGCCGGCGACCGGCACGGGCACAAAAGUGGGGAAGUUGACGCUGAAGACGACGGAGAUGGAAACCAUUUACGACCUGGGGACGAAGAUGAUCGAGUCGCUGACAAAGGAGAAGGUCCAAGCGGGGGACGUCAUCACCAUCGACAAGGCAACGGGGAAAAUCUCCAAGCUGGGUCGUUCCUUCACCCGAGCGCGGGAUUACGACGCCAUGGGGUCGCAGACGAAAUUCGUGCAGUGCCCCGACGGGGAGCUGCAGAAGCAGAAGGAGGUGGUGCACACCGUGUCGCUGCACGAGAUCGACGUCAUCAACAGUCGCACGCAGGGCUUCCUCGCUCUCUUUUCCGGCGACACGGGGGAGAUCAAGUCGGAGGUGCGGGAGCAGAUCAACGCCAAAGUGGCCGAGUGGCGCGAGGAAGGCAAAGCCGAAGUCAUCCCAGGGGUUUUAUUCAUCGAUGAAGUUCACAUGUUGGACAUCGAGUGUUUUUCCUUCCUCAACCGGGCGUUGGAGAGCGACAUGGCGCCCGUCCUCAUCAUGGCCACCAACCGCGGCAUCACCCGGAUUCGGGGCACCAAUUACCAGAGUCCCCACGGGCUCCCCAUCGACCUGCUCGACCGGCUGCUCAUCAUCUCCACCGCGCCCUACAGCGACAAGGAGACCAAGCAGAUCCUCAAGAUAAGGUGCGAGGAAGAGGACGUGGAGAUGACGGAAGAUGCCUACUCGGUGCUGACGCGCAUCGGGCUGGAGACGUCGCUGCGUUACGCCAUCCAGCUCAUCACCGCCGCCAGCCUGGUGGCGCGGAAGCGCAAGGAGCUGGGAGGGGAUGAAGGUUCCUGGGGGUUUUUGGGGGUGCUCUGCUCUGCCCCCCCCCCCCCCCUCACCGGCACUGCAGGGGGCGGAGGUGCAGGUCGAGGACAUCAAGCGCGUUUACUCGCUGUUCCUGGACGAGUCCCGUUCCACCCAGUACAUGAGGGAGUACCAGGAGGCCUUCCUCUUCAACGAGCUCAAGGGUGAAACCAUGGAAACGCCGUGACCCCUCCUGCACCCCUCCCCCGUUUUGUAAAAUAAACCCCAAAUCAGAA